CACCUUCCCCCCAUUUCUCAAAAGUGAGCAUGCCUUCCCUUCUGAGCUUCCUCCCAAUCACUUUUUCGUUCCUUCCUCCAAGAACAAGCAAGGAGCCUGGAAGCACCAUAAUGUCAGCGUUACCAUGACCGACCCAACCAGAAGAGUUGUUCGAACUGCCAGCAAUGCUAGCAAGCAAUUUGGCAAAACCAUCACAAGGCAAAUUUCAGGUUCAUCAAAGAGAAGCAACAGCAAGAAAAUAAUCUUUGAUGCUAUCAGAUCAACAGCACAACAGGCCAUUGAAGCUUCACCAAUCUUGUCACAGUCUCCUGAGAACUCUGUUGAGUAUUAUCAUGGAUAUCAGGUGAAGAAGGGGAAAGUCAUCCUCAAUGGAGACUUCUAUGAUUUCUCUCUUGUCAAGAGCUUGCAGCAAGAAAAUGACAACACAGAUGCAUCUUCCAUGUUUGAUUCAGGUGAAUUCACGUUGACAGCUUUCUGGAGGCAGUGCAGAUAUGUAGCAAAGCGACUCAGCCAGAAAUGCUCCACAGAAGGUGACAUACUGCAGCAAGCCACCUUGCGUCUUGUGUUGGAGGCCAAGUACCUUGCACGUCUAUGUCACCCCAACCUUGUCAAGGCCAGAGGAAUGCCAUGUGGGGAAGAGGCAGCACAUGGAUGCUCUGGUGACUUCUUUCUCAUCACUGAGCGCAUGACAGAGACUUUGGGAGCUCGCUUGGAACGAUGGAGGAAGAAUCCUACCAAGUCUUCCAUCUGUCAUGAUCAGUGUGUCCCUGGCAGUAGAGACUUCAGACACAAGUUGGGUUACGCCAAAUCAUUGAUUGAUGCCCUCAAGUAUCUUCAUGAUCAGAACCUUGUGGUUUUGAACCUCAAGCCAGAAAACAUUGGCUUCCUUCCAGAUGACACAAUCCAGAUCACUGAUCUCAGUUGUUGUCGUGAACUCAAGCCAAAGGACCAUCGGAAAAGCAGCACUGAGAGUGAAGAGUGCAGUGGCCAUCCUUUUGGGUUUGACAUUGAUAUCAAGGGAGGUGAAAGCACCCAGUCGCAGAUGGCCCGAGUCCAGUCCAACUUUUUGGUCCUAGCAGCUUCCUCGGGAGGAAUUCCACGGUAUUUGGCUCCUGAGGCCAUUGUGAAUGGCACCUACACCAAGGGUGCUGACACUUACUCUUGGAGUCUUUUAAUGUAUGAAAUGUUGACUCUCUCCAAGCCCUACAUGGGAUUCAAGCUACCACGUCAACAAUUGAUCAAGGUAUGUCAAAAUGGACAACGGCCCAAUCUUUCCCUCCAUAAGUUUCCAAUGGAGCUGGAGGGACUGCUGAAGAUGUCUUGGCGCAAGAAUCAUUCCAAGCGUCCUACCAUGGAUGAUUUGAUAGAGGUUUUCCCAUGUCUAUGGAAUCUGCAAGCCAUGUUGGUGGCAAGCCCACAAGCAUAAGGAGGCAGAGUCGAAUCUCAUUUCUGCUGCUGCCAUUGCAAAUUGAUCCGAGUAGCUUCAACACAAAAACUUAGAAUAAGAUAGAAGUCCUUACUGCUAUCAUGGUAGGACUUUGUUAAGCCUUACAUGUAGUGUUCAAUCAGCGGCCACCGAA